AGUCACGCCUUUCCCUCAUCCACACCAACCGGUCGCCCGAAUCUCGAGCGCCACCCAUGGCCUCCCCCGCCUUGUCCGGCACCCACCAUCGCCUCCUUCUCCCCUGUUUCCUGCGCCGCCUCCCCCGGCCCCGCUCGCGCUCGUGCUCCCGCCUCCGCCUCGACGCCUGCCACGCCGACACCCUCCUUUCCUCCUCCGGGGCCCAGGGGCCGCCCGCCCCCGCGGCGUGCUCGUCCGCAUCCUCCGCUGGCGGGUUCUCUGACUGGCUACUCACGAAUGGGCUGCCGCCGGGCAAGGUGGCCAUCCUGGAGCGCCCCGUCCCGUGCUCUCGCGGGGGCAAAGACCGGCCAUUACACUUCGUCGCUGCUGGGCAGGACCUCGAGGCGGGGGAUGUGGCGUUCGAGGUGCCCAUGUCGCUCGUUGUCACGCUGGAGCGGGUUCUCGGCGACGAGUCGGUCGCUGAAUUGUUAACAACAAACAAAUUGUCUGAGCUGGCAUGCUUGGCAUUGUAUCUCAUGUAUGAGAAGAAGCAAGGAAGAGAUUCACUUUGGUACCCGUAUAUUAAAGAACUUGAUCGUCAGCGAGGCAGGGGGCAGCUAGCUGUUGAAUCACCUCUUUUAUGGACUGAAAGUGAACUGGAUUACCUGAAUGGCAGCCCCAUGAGGGAUGAAGUUGUUGUUAGAGAUGAGGGAAUAAGAAGAGAGUAUAAUGAGCUUGACACAUUGUGGUUCAUGGCAGGUUCAUUGUUUAAGCAAUACCCUUUUGAUGUACCUACUGAGGCGUUCCCGUUUGAGAUCUUCAAGCAGGCAUUUGUUGCAGUACAGUCUUGUGUGGUUCACUUGCAGAAGGUUAGUUUAGCUCGAAGAUUUGCACUAGUUCCCUUGGGCCCACCACUGUUGACGUACAAGAGCAACUGCAAAGCAAUGCUGACUGCUGUUGAUGGUUCUGUUCGAUUGCUGGUCGAUCGGCCGUACAAAGCAGGAGAACCAAUAAUUGUUUGGUGUGGGCCUCAACCAAACUCCAGGUUGCUUCUCAAUUAUGGUUUUGUUGAUGAAGACAAUCCAUAUGAUCGCAUAGCAAUCGAGGUGGGAUUUCUAAAACUGUUUUACAGUCCUUAUUUGGUUGUUGUAACCAAGCCUAAAUUAUUAUCACAGGCAUCCCUAAACACUGAAGAUCCUCAAUACCAAGAGAAGAGAAUGGUCGCUCAAAGAAAUGGAAAGCUUGCUAUCCAAAAAUUCCAAGUCUGUGUAGGCAAAGAGAAGGAAACUAUUUCUGAAAUGCUGCCAUACUUGAGACUAGGAUACAUUUCAGAUCCAGAUGAAAUGCAAUGUAUACUUUCGUCAGAAGGUGAUACAUGUCCAGUUAGUCCAUGCUCAGAGCGAGCUGUACUUGACCAACUUGUUGUCUACCUGAAAUCAAGAUUGGCUGGUUAUCCGACUACUUUGGACGAGGAUGAAGCAAUGCUGGCCGAUGGCAGUUUGGAACCAAAGAAAGAAGUUGCUACUAGACUUGUAAGGUUAGAGAAGAAAAUGCUGCAUGGCUGUCUUCAGGCUGCUAACGAGUUCAUAAGUGGCUUGCCUGAUCAUACCGUAUCACCUUGCCCUGCUCUAUAUGCUCCUGAAUUGAAAUAAGCUGUUCUGAUAGGCUACUGCCAAAAAGUUCACUGUUCCACAGGGAAGCAAGUGUGCAGUGAGAUUCAAUUAUUGCUAGAUGGACAUAUCACUUCAGGACACGUUCUCUGUUAAGUGCGUCAUUAGAAGGAAACCUGUUCGAGUGUAACAAGGAUAUUGUCGAUGUCCACUAGAUCUGCGAACAGUUUUAUUGCACACAAAUGUGCAUUGAUUUGUUUUUCCAGCCGUGUAGAUUCGUUCUGUGUGUUCAUUUUCAUGAUUGAGAGUUAGCAAUGGUAUCUUGGACAUGCUUACUUUCCAUUUUGUGCAUAGAAGAACAUGCAUGAAAAUUGGCUUGGCUCAGCUAUUCUUUUGUAACGGCUGGUUUAGAAUUACCGAAUCUGUCGAUCCAGAGCUGGUAAUUGCAUGACAGUAGUUAUGCUCUGAUGGCUGCAUACCGCUAUUUGUAGUUUGAUUAUCUUCUCGAUGCUUUCCCAAAAAUUCGUUUC